AAGGGAGCAUGUCUGCGCGGCCGCCGCUGCCGGUGCCGCUCUGCACGUUACCGCCGGGCCCGGGGCCCCCGCGCUUCGUGUGCUACUGCGAGGAGGAGGAUGGCGGGGCCGAGGGCCCCGGCGGCUUCAGCCUCUACGUGACGGACGCCGCGCAGCUCUGGAGCACCGGCUUCCCGCCCGGCAGCCUGGCGGCCCUCAAAGCCCGUUUUGGCCUGAGUGCGGCGGAGGACAUCGCUCCCCGGUUCAGGGCAGCCUUCCAGCGGCAAGCCGUGGCUGUCACUCUUCAGGAGGAUGGGGCGUCCCUGACCCUCUCUGGGGGGGCCCCGGAGCUGGACUUUGAACUCUCCAAAGUGCCGGGCCCAGAAGCAGCCCCCCGACUGCAGGCAUUGACGCUGGGCCUGGCGGAGCGAGUGUGCAGCCUGGAGCGGCAGCUGGCAGGUAGGAGGGGGGCGGGGCGGGCACCCCACAGCCUCCCUGGGCUCCCCCUGCCGGUGCCUCCAUUCCUGGCCUCCCUGCCCUCGCAGCUGCAGAGGAGACAGCCGUCAGCCCCAGGAAGAGCCCGCGGCCGGGGGGCCCUCAGCAGUUCCUCCCAGGUGAGGCCUCUCACCCGGGCCUGGGGCGGGGCGUGCCCAUUCCUCUGUGACUCGGUUUCCCUGUCUGCGUGGAGGGGGGGUGGUGGCCCUGGGGUCCCCCUGCAUUCAGGCCCCUCCAUCUGCUUCCCCCAGACCCAGAGUCUCAGAGAGGCUGCCCGGGACCUGGGGUCAGGAGGCGGUGCCCCGGGGAAUCGCUCAUCAACCCCGGCUUCAAAAGUAAGAAACCAGCCAGUGGUGUCGAUUUUGAUGACCUCUGACCCUGCCGCGGAGAGUGGGGUCCCGCCAGGAGUUGGCCGGUGAGAAGAGGGGCACCCUCCCAGGCCUCGCCACCUCCCCCACAGAGCAAGCCCCUCCCCCACCCAAUAAACGCUGGUCACGCGAG